AUGGGGUCUGAAGGACCUGCUCCACCAGUGACAAUUCAUGUGACUGGAUUUAAGAAGUUCCAUGGAGUUGCAGAAAAUCCAACCGAGACAAUUGUUAACAAUCUUCAAGACUAUAUGGUAAAAAGGGGUUUGCCAAAAGGGUUGAUCCUUGGCAGUUUCACCAUUCUUGAUACUGCAGGUGAAGGAGCUCUUGUUCCCCUAUAUCAAACAUUGCAGUCUGCUGUGAACCAGGACGUCAAUGUAUCAAAUCCUAGAAGAGUAAUUUGGCUACAUUUUGGAGUUAAUAGUGGUGCAACAAGGUUUGCCAUAGAGCAUCGAGCUGUCAAUGAAGCUACAUUUUGUUGCCCUGAUGAGAUGGGAUGGAAGCCUCAGAAAGUCCCCAUUGUUCCAGCGGAUGGUGUGAUUUCACAAAUACGAGAGACUUGCCUUCCUGUUGAGGAUAUUACCAAUGCAUUGGCAAAGAUGGGUUAUGAAGUAACGACUUCAGAUGAUGCUGGCCGAUUUGUCUGCAAUUAUGUAUACUAUCAUUCCUUGUGCUUUGCAGAGCAGAAUGGAAUUAAAUCACUAUUUGUACAUGUUCCCCUGUUCUUGACUAUUGAUGAGAAGACUCAAAUGCAAUUUGCUGCUGCUUUAUUGGAGAUGGGGUCUGAAGGACCUGCUCCACCAGUGACAAUUCAUGUGACUGGAUUUAAGAAGUUCCAUGGAGUUGCAGAAAAUCCAACUGAGACAAUUGUUAACAAUCUUCAAGACUAUAUGGUAAAAAGGGGUUUGCCAAAAGGGUUGAUCCUUGGCAGUUUCACCAUUCUUGAUACUGCAGGUGAAGGAGCUCUUGUUCCCCUAUAUCAAACAUUGCAGUCUGCUGUGAACCAGGACGUCAAUGUAUCAAAUCCUAGAAGAGUAAUUUGGCUACAUUUUGGAGUUAAUAGUGGUGCAACAAGGUUUGCCAUAGAGCAUCGAGCUGUCAAUGAAGCUACAUUUUGUUGCCCUGAUGAGAUGGGAUGGAAGCCUCAGAAAGUCCCCAUUGUUCCUGUGGAUGGUGUGAUUUCACAAAUACGAGAGACUUGCCUUCCUGUUGAGGAUAUUACCAAUGCAUUGGCAAAGAUGGGUUAUGAAGUAACGACUUCAGAUGAUGCUGGCCGAUUUGUCUGCAAUUAUGUAUACUAUCAUUCCUUGUGCUUUGCAGAGCAGAAUGGAAUUAAAUCACUAUUUGUACAUGUUCCCCUGUUCUUGACUAUUGAUGAGAAGACUCAAAUGCAAUUUGCUGCUGCUUUAUUGGAGGUACUUGCCUCUUUAUAUUAG